UGAAUUUUUGACACUACCAAAUAUAUAAAACGUAGUAUUUUCAGAUAUGAAUGAUGGCACAAAAGCUUAAACAUAGCAGUAUCUUACGUACUUUGUGUAUAACCUCUCGAAAUUAUAGCGAAUACAAAUCCAUCUAUGAACGAGAUGAAGCUGGUCGCCAACCGCGUAAAGUGCACGGUAAAGAAUAUCCCGAAUGGAGAAGACCGUGGUCACAACGUGAUGGGGAAUGGACAAGCAAAUUAUCCAUUUUCGUUGAAAAAAGCCCUAGCAUGAAUGUUCUAAAUGCUAUGCAGAAACUUCCUAAUUUGACCUUUCAAGAUUUAAAAGAAUGGUGGGCUGAAAUGAGAGUAAUACAAGAAAUACAAAAUCAAAAAUACUUACCAGAACGAGUAAUCGCCCUUGGUGCUAAUUUAGCAGCAUUACACUUUUUUGUGUAUCGCCAAUCAGCUGUGAGAUUGAAGGAUAAAAAAGAAUGGCUCGUUGGUGAUGUAGUUACAUUGAAACUACCGGACACAUAUAGAGAUGGUUAUUUUGUUGAAGCAGUUGAUUGCUCAAACUUCCACCAUAAUGGGAUCAGAUAUGAAGGUCUUCAAAAUUUGAAUGGCUUGAAUUAUCUCAAAUGGCUAUCACUAAGAAAUAACAAGUAUGUAGAUGUAUGGUGUAUUGAUAGAAUAGCUGGGCAGAAUGGUGAAACACUAGAAUUCUUAAACUUGAUGGGUUGCAAGUUAUGCGCUGGUUGCAUAUAUGCACUUGCACGUAUGUCAGCACUUAAGUUCCUUGUUAUUAAUGAUCCUGGAGAUAAUAUUGAACUUCAAGCUGCUCUCUCUAUGCUUGAAGAAGAAAGACCCGAUCUAUUAAUUAGUAUACAGGUUGAUACAGAAAGUGAUGUAGAUAAUAAAUUGUAAAAAUAGUAGAUUAAUUGACUUUAUGAAUUAGUAAAUAUUAUGCAAAGUUAAA